AUGGCUGCCAGUCCACCGAUGAAGGUUCGUGUGAAUUGCCAGUCUGAUCAACAUGGCAGUUACCUUCAUAUCUCCUGGGAUCCCCCAACACAAUCAAAUGGACUUAUGUUCCAGGCAGAAUACAAAGUGUUCGUCGAAGAAAAAUCAGUUUUUCUGAAUGAACUUGGUGCGUGGGAGGAGACCAAAGAUACAAAUGUCCUGUCUGCCUAUAACCGUUCAUCACUCACAAUUCAAGGCAUUCCAAAUUCUAAUUAUACCAUUCAGGUUUGUGUCAUGUCACGAGACGGGCAGUGUGGAACGAAGAGCCGACUCACACAGGUAUCUGAUUGUUACAUGGGGCCCAAUCUUCCCGAGCAACUUCCUCGCUUCACCUGGAGGAAGCUGAAAUCCUCUGAGAAGAACCAGAUAUUCAAAGUAUUGCUUGUCAGGGCAUCUGAGCGCUAUGGCCCCAUCUGCUGUUAUAGGGUGGUGAUUGUGCGAUAUGGAGAUCUGCAGGGAAGAGAGUUGCCAUAUCCACAGGAAAUAUCAGUUUCCACAUAUCGAGAGGCUCAUAACCACCGAGGACAGCACCUGACUGGAUAUAUUGCAGAAAUGAUUGAUAGCAAUCGUUUCCAAGAUGAGGUCAUAGUUGGGGAUGGAUCUCUAUCUGUACCACCACCUCAAUGUUCUGCAUGCUACUCACAAUCAUAUGCAAAUUUCGAUGAAGCGGGAUUUUCACGAAAUCGCCGCUACACACUCACUUCUUUCCCCAUUGUUGAAGAUGGUCCACUGGAGUCCAAUAGCACUUAUAGUGGGUUCAUAGAAGUCAUUGUGAAAACACUGACUGGAGAUGUAGUGAGAAAACCAAGUGGAUACUUCACCCUACUUGGAUCAAGUGAUCAAGAAUCAGCAGUCUUACAUGCUACUAUUCUAGAUAAAUCAAGCGUAUCAGAAAAUGAGAAAAAAACCGGCGGGAUAUCCAGAGAAUCAACGAUUUCGGCCGUCUCUGCUGCAGCGAUUUCGGUCGUGGCUCUGACAGUGGGCUCUAUUUCCUACUAUCGUUUCAGAAAGGAGAAAGCCAGAAACAUCGCAUUAUCCAAGGAAGAGACAGAGCGAUUCUUGAGAGGACAACCAGAGAGCUUGAAUCCAACGAUGGGACUCGGUCAACAAGCACAUCUACUGCCAUUCGACGAAAAUUGGAACUUUCCAUCUGCGAAACUGAAACUCGGUAAGGUCCCAGACCCCAAAUCUGGCGAAUUUGUUUUGAAGGAAGAUUACAUCGCAAUAGGAGAAGUCAUCGGCUGUGGGCAAUUCGGUUACGUGCUGAAGGCUGUGGCUGUUGGGAUCUGUCCUCCGGAGCCCGAAAGCAAGAAUGAAUUUUGGAUUAUUGAAGUCAUAGGCCUCAAGCCCUUACCCAUGAGGCCAGCAAACCAGAUUAAUUACAUCUCUAGUUAA